AUGCAGACCUACCUGCUGCUCUUCAUUGGUCUCUCUCUUUUUUUUGCUGAGGGAGCUCAAGCUGCAGCAGAUGAUGAAUUGUCAACUCUGCUAUCAAUCAAAUCCAGUCUCAUUUAUUCAAUGAAUUCUUUGAAUGAUUGGCAACUAUCAAGAAAUGUGACACAGCAAGGUUCACCCCAUUGCAACUGGACUGGAGUUGGUUGCAACUCUCAAGGCUUCAUAGAGAGUCUUGACCUCUCCAACAUGAACCUUAGUGGUCGGGUUUCAGAUCACAUCCAAUCCCUUUCAAGUCUAUCUUUUUUCAACAUAAGCUGUAACAACUUUGCUUCAUCACUUCCCAAAUCAUUGUUCAACCUCACCUCCUUAAAGAGCUUUGAUGUGAGCCAGAACUACUUCACUGGCACCUUUCCAACUGGACUUGGAAGAGCUGCAGGAUUGAUAUCAAUUAAUGCAUCAAGCAAUGACUUUUCUGGUUUUCUUCCUGAAGAUAUUGGAAAUGCAACAUUGCUCGAGAGCCUUGAUUUUCGAGGGAGUUACUUUGUAAGUUCAAUCCCCAGGAGUUUUAAGAAUUUGAAGAAGCUCAAAUUUCUAGGCCUUUCAGGAAAUAACUUCACUGGGGGGAUUCCAGAAUAUCUUGGGGAACUCAUAUCUCUGGAGACAUUAAUUCUAGGAUACAACGAGUUUGAAGGUGAGAUCCCUGCAGAGUUUGGCAACCUCACCAAUCUUCAAUACCUUGACUUGGCUGUGGGAACUCUCAGUGGACAAAUUCCACCUGAAUUGGGUAAGCUGAAAAAACUCACUACAAUUUACUUGUACCAUAACAACUUCACAGGAAAAAUUCCACCUCAACUUGGCAACAUUACUGCACUAGCAUUUUUGGACCUCUCUGACAAUCAGAUUUCAGGAGAGAUUCCAGAAGAACUUGCUAAAUUGGAAAACCUGCAGCUCUUGAAUUUGAUGAGCAACAAACUAACUGGUCCUGUACCAGAGAGGCUUGGGGAAUUGAAAAAUUUACAGGUGCUUGAGCUAUGGAAAAAUUCUUUAGAAGGUCCUUUGCCACUAAACCUUGGAAAGAACUCUCCUUUGCAGUGGUUGGAUGUGUCCUCUAACUCAUUAUCUGGUGAGAUCCCUCCAGGUUUGUGUAAUGCAGGCAAUCUCACUAAACUAAUCCUCUUCAACAAUUCCUUCUCUGGUUCCAUUCCAAGUGGACUUUCAAACUGUUUGUCUUUGGUACGUGUUCGGAUUCAGAACAAUCUUAUUUCCGGAACUAUUCCAGUGGGGUUUGGAAACCUCCCAGGCCUUCAACGGCUGGAGAUGGCAAAGAACAACCUCACUGGGCAAAUUCCACUAGAAAUUGCCUCAUCCACAUCCCUCUCUUUCAUUGAUGUAUCUUGGAACCACCUUGAAUCAUCUCUACCUUCAGAAAUUCUUUCUAUUCCAACCCUUCAAACCUUCAUUGCCUCUCACAACAACAUUCGAGGAAAUAUCCCACAAGAGUUCCAGGACUGUCCAUCUCUCUCUGUGCUGGAUCUUUCCAACACUUAUAUCUCUGGUACAAUCCCAGAAAGUAUUGCUUCUUGUCAAAAAUUAGUCAACCUUAACCUUCGAAACAACCAGUUGACUGGUGGAAUCCCGAAAUCAAUCACAAACAUGCCCACCUUGUCUGUUCUUGAUCUGUCCAACAAUUCGCUGACUGGGAGGAUACCUGACAACUUUGGCAGUUCCCCAGCUCUGGAAAUGCUGAACCUGUCCUAUAACAAACUUGAGGGACCAGUACCCUCAAAUGGGAUUCUAGUGACCAUAAGUCCUAGUGAUCUUAUCGGCAAUGAGGGUCUUUGCGGAGGCGUUCUCCCUCCAUGCUCUCACAGUUUGACUGUGAAAAGCCGAAAAAGGAGCUCACAUGUCAGACACAUCAUUAUUGGUUUUGUGACUGGAAUAUCAGUGAUUUUGUCUCUUGGUGCAGCAUAUUUUGGUGUUAAAUGGUUAUACAAGAGAUGGUACUUGUAUAACAAUUCCGUCCAUGAUUGGUUCAAACAGAGCAGUGAAGAUUGGCCCUGGAGGUUAGUAGCAUUCCAGAGGAUCAGUUUCACUAGUAGUGAGAUCCUAACUUGCAUAAAAGAAUCAAAUGUCAUAGGCAUGGGUGGCACUGGUAUUGUUUACAAAGCUGAAAUCCAUAGACCUCAUGUGACGGUAGCAGUGAAGAAACUAUGGAGACCACAGGAAGACACAGAAAAUGGUAAUCAUGUAUUAAGAGAGGUGGAACUCCUAGGGAGACUUAGGCAUAGGAAUAUUGUAAGGCUAUUGGGGUAUGUGCAUAACGAAAGGGAAGUGAUGAUUGUUUACGAGUACAUGCCUAACGGGAAUCUUGGGACUGCAUUGCAUGGUGAACAAUCUGAAAGGUUGCUUGUAGACUGGGUAUCAAGGUACAACAUUGCUCUUGGAGUUGCACAAGGGCUGAACUACCUCCAUCAUGAUUGUCACCCACCAGUUAUUCACAGGGAUAUCAAGUCUAACAACAUUCUACUUGAUGCAAAUUUGGAGGCAAGGAUAGCUGAUUUCGGUUUGGCAAGGAUGAUGAUCCAAAAGAAUGAGACAGUUUCAAUGGUGGCGGGAUCUUAUGGAUAUAUCGCACCAGAAUAUGGAUACACUCUGAAGGUUGACGAGAAGAUUGACAUAUACAGUUAUGGGGUGGUACUUUUGGAGCUCCUAACUGGCAAAAUGCCGUUAGACCCUGCGUUUGGAGAAUCUGUGAACAUAGUCGAAUGGAUACGGAAGAAGAGAACCAACAAAGCCUUGUUAGAAGCACUAGAUUCCACCAUAGCUGGUCAGUGCAAACAUGUCCAAGAAGAGAUGCUUCUUGUACUCCGGAUUGCACUUCUAUGUACUGCAAAGCUUCCCAAGGAAAGACCAUCCAUGAGAGACAUUAUAUCAAUGCUUGGAGAGGCAAAGCCAAGAAGGAAAAGCGUUUGCCGUAAUGAGGGACAAGACAGUACCAUGGAAAAGUCAACAAUCUUCAUCACCUCCCCAAUAGUAAGCCUUUUAUAACAACAGGUUGUUUAGUUUAAUAUUUUGAGUUCCCUCAGCCUCUGAAUUCGGAUGUAUGCUUUGCCUA